CGGGCAGCGAGAUGCCGCAUACAAUAGCGACAUUGCGUCCGCUGUCGUCCCCUCGUCUUGACACUUUGCAACACCCCCAAGGCAUCUGUCAUUCUCGCUUUGAUAUCGGGCUGGUUCUUUAUUUUGUUCUUCUUCUGCCGGCCCGUCUCUUGUGUUUUUUUUGCGCUCGAGGCACCCGACCCCUCGUCUCGUCCUCACUCCGGCAGUCCCAGACGACACCGCUCGUCCUUCUUCCCGCCCGGUCCCAGCAGCCGUCACCGCGCGCAGCCUCCAUCCUUCCGCAUACUCGCCCCGUUCGGUUAUGUCGUAGUCAAAUCAUUCGCGCUCCAUCCCCACCACCGAAGCAUUGGAUUGCCGACACAGUAGGAUGGCCUCGGAACCAACGAAGCCGCUGCGUGUCUCGAGAAACAGCGUCGCGUCCCCGCCGUCUGGGAUGGCGAGCCCGCUUCCCAGGGCUCUGACGGAGAUAUCGCCGGCCGAAAAACGCCGCAACUCGCCCAGCUGGAACCAGCCGACCAAGAAAAUGACGAUGAGCACCGACUCGUCUCCAUUCCAGUCCUCGCCGCUGGAGGUGGCCGCCACGACCACGUCUCCGCACCUGUUCUGGAAGAACAAGAACCUCAACUCCGAGAACAGCCUGUACGGCGCCCGGAACGGCUCGCCCUCGCCCACACGCCGCUCCUCGAUCGAGCGGCUGCAGAAGGCCUCGCGGGUCAAGAACAGCAACAUCCUGGCCCUGGAGCAAAAGCAGGAAUACGACCCCACGCGCGUCCCUCAGGUCGAGAGGCCCCUGUCUAAGGUCCAAGGCAACGCCUACGGCGGAACCGGCGCUGCUGGCCUCCGCAACGCCCACCAGCGCGCCGGCAGCAAGUCCAGCAUCCCGCUCUACAGCCCGACCAGGGCAGGUGCCGCGACGCCUGUGCUCGAUCCGCCGCGCACCCCGAGCAAGGACCAAGCCUCUCCCAUCAAGUCGUCGCUCUCGACGAGCCGGUUCAAGAGCAGCCAUGACUCGUCCAUGUCGGUCGACCGGGACCUGCCCAACGGCAGGUACUACCAUCGCCACGCCAAGAGCGUCACAUUCGAUGCGGCCCCGCCUCAGGUCAACGAAUAUGAGAUGGCCACGCCCGACAUAUCAUCCAUCGGAUCCAACUCGCGCGAGGGCAGCUACGAGUCCGGAGAGGAUAACGACGGGUAUGACGACCAUUACGGCGUCCAUGAUCCCAUGGGCCCCGACGACAGCUUCGAUGCCUCUCUGGAGGAUACGGACAAGACCCCAGUCGUGGGGCCAGAUGAUUGGAGGCACGACAGCCCUGCCGCCGCUCGCUCGAGCCAGCAGCUCGAUGAUCCAUUCGACGGUAGCCCCAUGCCCGAGGUUGUCCCCAGCACGCCCUCGAGCGGGCGGCCACAGAAUGGGCGCAACAAUUCUGCCACCUCUCUGAGCGGUGACCACCGGCCGCUGCCUCCCCUACCGGGCAUGGCUCAGCCGGCAAGGCCGGGAUCUUCGGCAUCCAAUGGCCGUCCCGGCACCGCGGGCAGCAUGCAAGACUUGCAGCGUAGCUUGCCGUCGCCGCCGUCGGCGUCGGCGUCCAAGUCGGAUGUGCAGAACAUUGGCAACGGCAGAAUGCCGCUCGAGGAGCGCCUAAAACUUAUGAUGCUCUCAGGCGGUGCCAAGACCGCCGCCGAGCAGCAGAGGGAGCGGCGCAUGCGCCGGGCGGGUGCUCGCGAUAGGAUUGGUAGCCCCACGCCGGAGCGGGAGAUUCACAACACCAGCUUUCAUGAGGAGGAAGACGACGCUGUUGGCGACAUCUCGGGGCUGGAGGAGUAUCAGCUUCCGCCUCGCAUCUCGCGCGAAUCCAUUCUCCGCCGAGUCAACGGUAAUCAGACGCAGGAGCGCGAGUCCGACUACCGCUUCUCGUCGCCCCCUCUGAGCUCCAGCCCGGCACGCCCAGAGCGUACCAUCCCCAUGGAUCCAGAUGUGCCAAUUCCAAGCACCGAGGAUUCCAUGCUCGAUCUGGACGGCGAGGAGGAAGAGUCUAGUGUCAUCAUCCACCGCAGAGAGCAUGACGAUGAGGACAAUGGCGAGGACGAUGACGAUGACGAUGAGGAUGAGGAUGACGAGGACGACGAGGAAUUCGACGAUGAUGCGUACGAUAUUCCCGAGCUCUACGCUCAUGGCGACGCGCAUCGUGAGCCUCUUGAUCUCGCGCAAGACCAUUCUGAUGAUGAGGACAUCUCCCUCGACAUCGAAGAUGAUUCGUCGCGCAGUCGCUACUCGGAUGAACCUGUCGCCCCGCUGGUUGCCAAAGCCAGCGUGCCCGAAGAGGAUGUCUCGACCACGCCUCGUGCCACUACUCCCGUACACGAGCGUGUCGUUGAAGAACGGAUCCCCGAGGAGCGCAAGGAAGAGAGCGCGCUGCUGCCCGAAGUGCCGCAGAGUUCUAGGAGUAUCGAUUUCUCGCGUGGACUGCAGGAGUACAUGCUUCCGAAGCCGAUCGAUCUGGACGGCCCGAUGCUGAACGAGUCCAAGUCCAGCGCCAGGCGCACAGCAACGCCUGAGAAGAUUCUCUCCAAGCCCGAGUACGACGGCUCGGGAUGGGGCGACGAUGAUGACUUCUCGGAGCCCUCAACGCCCGACUCGGUCAUUCAUCACCCUGUUUCAGACGUCGAGGAGGAGCCAGAGGAGGGGGAGGAGGAGUCCAGGGCCACACCUGACAUCCCCGAGCACGUUGCCACCAUCAAGGCAUCUGGAUCCAGACUCAAGACGCGCCCGUCUAACACGCCGUCGGACCUGGCGGCCAUGCGGGACGCGAGGCGGCAGGUCAGCCGCGAGAUCCCAGACGUGCCGGCAAUCCCGGCUAGGCACGCGAGCCAGCGUGAUGUGGGAGCCGACCUGGCCGCGUCCGAAAGCGAGGCCUUCCUUGAGCGACACCCCAGCUUUAAGAAACGGAGUCUCACACUAGACCUCGAUCUCGGACUAAGCCUGGACCAAGACUUCGACAGGGUCAUUGAGACACAAAAGCGUGGCUACCUGAUGCGCCAGAACACAAAGGUGGUCACUGCCACGGACAAGGAACGCGACGAGUACCGCUUUGCCCGCUCGGCUGGCAACUCGCCCAUCAAGCAGGACCGGCCACAGUCUUGGACGGUGGAGCCAUGGAACGGUCAGGUUAGGAAGAAGAGCGUUCGGAAGCGCACCGCCCUCGCCGGGCCUGCUCCUCCGCUGCCGGGCCAGGAGAGCAACGUGGCGGGUCUGAACCCCCACGCCGAGGAGGAGCUCGUCGGCGACGCGACGGCCGAGGACAGUGGCGAGAGGGGCAGGCUGUUCGUCAAGGUCAUGGGCGUCAAGGAUCUGGAUCUACCCCUUCCCAAGAAUGAGCGUAGUUGGUUCAGCCUCACACUCGACAAUGGCGUACACUGCGUUACUACGGCAUGGCUGGAACUUGCCAGGAACGCGCCUAUUGGCCAGGAGUUCGAGCUUGUUGUUCCCAACGACCUCGAGUUCCAGCUGACGCUCAACGUGAAGCUCGAGAAGCCGGCGCCGCAGCAGGCGAUUCAGUCGCCCACCAAGCUCAGCCGGCCAAAGACAUCGACGUUUAGUCGUGUGUUUGCCUCCCCCAAGAAGCGCAAGGAGAUGGAAAUGCGCAUGAGGGAGGAGGAGGAGCGUCUGGCACGGGAGCAGCAGGAGGCACAGGCUAGGCUGCGCAACAGGCAGCCGACUCCUUGGGACCUGCUGUCGCCGCUGGCGGCCGAGGACGGCAGCUUUGCUCGCUCGUACGUCUGCCUGAAGGAGCACGAGUCUCGCUGUUAUGGUCGCCCGUAUUUGGUGGACGUUUCGGCCUUCAACGAGUGGGCCACCGAGGAGGCCGGGUUCGCGUCGAGCGUCAAGAGCAAGCGCGGCAACACUGCGCAGAUCGUCCGCCGUGCUCCUUACAAGGUUGGCAAGCUGGAGCUCCAGCUCCUCUUUGUGCCGCGCCCAAAGGGCGCCUCGGACGACGACAUGCCCAAGAGCAUGAACUCGUGCAUCCGCGAGAUGAGGGCGGCCGAAGAGCGCCUGGCCCGAAACUGGGAGGGCCCCCUCAGCCAGCAGGGUGGUGAUUGCCCGUACUGGCGCCGUCGCUACUUCAAGCUCGUCGGCACCAAGCUGACGGCCUACCACGAGGCCACACGGCAGCCGCGCGCAACCAUCAACCUGGCUAACGCCAAGCGUCUGAUCGACGACCGGCGAGCUCUCACGGAGAAGGAGACGACUGGCCGCGGCGGCAAGCGGCGGCGGUCGGCCUUCGCUGAGGACGAAGAGGGCUACAUGUUUGUUGAGGAGGGCUUCCGCAUCCGCUUCAACAACGGUGAGCUCAUCGACUUCUACGCCGACACGCCCCAAGACAAGGAGGGCUGGAUGAAGGUGCUCUCUGAGGUGAUUGGUCGCGACAGCGUCAACGCCGACGACGAUGCCAGCACAAUGAGCGCGCGCAACAAGAGCAAGUGGUGCGAUCUCGUCCUUAAGCGGGAGGAGACGGUCCGCCGCCGCACUGAGAGCCGCCGCGUGCACUCGCGCACCAAGAGCAUGUACAUGUAAGCGGACAUGGCUCACAAACCGCAUGUUGCCUACCACCUGGCCACAUGCUACAGCGCCUCGGCCUCAACGGGACGCGUCUCUUGCAUCCUCUUAUUCUUUCUGCCUGGCGUCGAGGAGAAGGACGGUGCAGCAACUACUUUCAAACUAAUGAUAAACGCAUGAUGUCAGCAAUGUCGAGCCCGGCAUAGAUUUCUCUUCUGGCCUGGCCUCAUCAAACGGCCAGUUUCUGGUCCCUUGACCAUAGGCCAUGCAUACUCUUGCGUUUCUUUUCAUUUCCCUUCUUUUUAUUUCUUCUUCUUUUCUUUGUCCCUGGUUGUCUUCUUUUGCUCUAUCCAUAUGUCCAUAAAAUGGUCGCCAUUCUGUUUUCCUUCCUGUCCUGCCUGGAUAUGGACACGUUUGGCUAUCGACCGUCCACCCCAGAGCUGCUCUUCUCUGGGACGUCUGUCUGAUACUUUCCAUUCGAGAUCAUAUCCCCGAUUCUUCUUCUUUUGAACAUUAUCACAUGCACUUAAUCAUUCCCUUGUUUCCUACUUUUCUUAUUCCUGUCAUCGCCUAUCGGAUGGAGUCUUGUGGUAGCGGCACCUUGGGGAUCUCACUUUGGGAAGAGGAUGGGUCUGUGGGUGGUGCAAUCGGGGUUUCGGGUUGGGCGGAUCGAGAUGGCUGCGUGGCUAGAGCGGGUGAGAGUGAAUAGGCCAGCCAGCCCCUGAGCCUCUUCAUGCCAUCUCAUCCGCCUGACGUCUGGCCUAGCCCCAUGGAGGGGCCUGACUUUUGUUUAUUUGCUUGUAUGAAAUCAACCUGAUCAACUGUAUUAAAGGAACGUCUGAGAUACGUGGUGAAAAAGACAAUCUUGAUUUAUAUUGUGUCUGUGCUUUUGCUCGUCCG